UGUUAUGUUUUGUUACUACCUGCAAAAUUAAUAUAAAAAUUGCACCGUUUGCCGAUUCGUACGCGUGGCCGUUCCACCGCUGCCCCCAGACCAGACAGCUCAUAUCCCGGACGCAAUCAGUAACUGCAGUGAACGAUCAGCUGUGACAGUCUGACGUGUAGAACCCAAACAAAUCGGGAGUAUUCUAAGUGCUAUGCUGUUGGAAAGAUGAACGGUACGUUUUAUGAGCAGCUCGGGGGUGUGGCCGGGAUGUUCGAGCAGUGGGGCACGUGUGAGCGGACCGUCGUGGCUUGUGCCCUGGCGCGGCGAGUGCCUUGGCCUGGACUACGCCUGGUGCAACGUGCCGUGGAGGCGGCUCUGCAGAACCACGUCGAGGACGAGCGCCUGGAGAGGGACGCGAACGACGAGACUCUGCUGGCCAGUCUGCUCGCGGCUAGGACUGAUGAUGAUGACGAAGAUGACGGCGACAAGCUGCGUCAGCUGCUGACGAUGUUGCCGUUGCUGCGCACGGACAACGCGCGCGCCAAGGGCGCCUACGUGGCGGCGCUGCCGGCGCUGGUGGCGCGCUGCGUGGACGCGCCGCGCCGCGCCGCCGCGCCCGAGCUGUGCCGCCAGCUGCUGGCCUACCUGCUGGUGCACCCCGCCUUCAGCAGCCACGACCACAGAACACUGACACAAUGGCUACGCUAUUUAGAAAACCACAUCUCUGGCAACAGAACAACGGAAGCUGUCUGGCAGCAGAGAAUAGACCCGUGCCUCCUGCCCGACACUAACAUUUGGGCCACCAAUAACAUCUUCAGGCGGACGAUCGGCAAGAACGUCGAGUUCAGGGGAAUACUUGACACAGUAGACAACCAUUCGUCUUAUACGGACAUUUUACAGGAAUCCUUUUCCAAGAACGGAAGGGACGUAGACCUAAGUUUGGAUGGAGAGAUGUUGAACUUCGACGCGGCCAUAGCGCAGCCUAAAUCCCAAAGAUCAAACAGUUUGACUCCUCCAUCGAGUAAUUUCAUGCAGAUGUCUUCAUCAGCAGAGAAUUUAAGCGACGAACCGUUCGUCCAGAAACCCAGAAGUUUUUCGUUAUCUAGUGAACAUAGUUUAAGUCAAUUACGACCUAUUAGUAUAAUGUACGGCACUACGGGUAGCGAAACCCGGUUAGAUGACUUGAGGUCCAACAACUUCACGGAACACCCGGGAAUGUCCACGGUGGCGCAGUGGUUGAAGAGUUUAAGACUACAUAAGUACGUGUGGUUGUUCACGAACAUCUCUUAUGAGCAGAUGAUGGCGAUAGAUGAGAAAUAUCUUGAAAAAUUAGGUGUAACAAAAGGUGCCCGCCACAAAAUCCUCCUUUCAAUAAAGAAGCUGAACGAACGUAGCUCUGUAUUAGAAGGCGUUCAAGCGGAGUUGGCUUCGAGCAAUGGUUCAGUGCUGAGGGCAUUGGAAAGGCUGAGAGGAGUCCUUCUAUCUCCCAUGCAGCCAGCAUCAGAACUGCCCGCUGCUAUUGUAGCAGCUUUGGAUCUUGCGUCGAAGUGCCUCGGCGGCGCGGCGGGCGCGUCCACGGCGCCGGACGGCGAGCCCGAGCCCGUGGACCCCAUGUCGCUGCACUGCUGGCUCAUUGAGAAGGCGCUGCACCACGAAGCGUUCGGUUCUGCGGAAGUGCAGUCUUCACUCAGAAGGCUAAGGCACCGUCUUCCGCCACGACAGUUCUUCCACCUGGUGGGCGACGCGCCACACAGACGCCUUAAACACAGCCCGCUGUGCCGCUGGCGCGCGCCCGCGUGCCGGCCCGCGCGGCGCGCCUGGCCGCCGCCGCCGCGCGGCAAGUCGCACUCCUACCCGCCCUUCCCGCCCGCGCACGCCCUGCCGCGCCCGCCGCCGCCGCCCUCCGCCGACGACUACUCCGGCCUGGACGCGCUGUGUCUGCAGAUGACGGAGCAGGCCAUCAACUAGCCCGCCGCUCCGCCGCGCUGCACUCCUGGUAACUUUAGCUAGUCAAUGCUGAAAGAAGAUUCCCUUUCAAGGAUCCAGAGGGAGAUAUAUGAAGUGACCGAAAGGGAGCGCGAAUUCA